UACAUUGCACAGCUGAUUGCAGACUAUAAUUCCCAUCACUAGACUUUUUGAACAAACUAAAAAUUAAUUUUUAACAAAGUAAUAUUAAAGUAACGUUAGCUACUGCAAACGACAACUUACUGUGGGAAUUGUGACCUUAGAAAAGCCGCGUGGACAAGAUGCAGCAGAGAGUGGUUUUAUACGGGAUUUUGGUCUCGUUUCUAAUCACAAAUCCAACCACCGACGCCAUACAGGCACGCAGCGACAAGGAACAGCCGCAAACGGUGGUCUCAGGCACGGCCGUGCAGUCCGUGGUCCCCGUACAGGCCCAACUUGGCUCCAGCUCCUCAUCGGCAUCGUUAUCCUCCGCCUCCAACUCGGCAUUCCAUCCAUUGGGGCCGAAUGUCUUGUGCUCCUUUCUGCCCCGUGACUUUCUUGAGUGCAAGGAUCCUAUCGAUCACAGGGACAAUGCCACGGCCAAGAUAGAGAAGGGCUACGGCUGCCUGCGAUUCGGCGGUUCCUCCUACGAAGAUGUGGAGCACACAAAGGUCCAGUGCACCGUCUACUCGGACAUCGAUUGCUACGGCAACCGCACCUUCUUCCGGGAGGGUGUGCCCUGUGUCCGCUACACGGAUCACUAUUUCGUCACCACGCUCAUCUACAGCAUGCUGCUUGGAUUCCUUGGCAUGGAUCGCUUCUGCCUGGGACAGACGGGCACGGCAGUAGGCAAAUUGCUGACAAUGGGCGGUGUGGGCGUCUGGUGGAUUAUUGAUGUCAUUUUGUUGAUUACCAACAAUCUCCUGCCGGAGGAUGGUAGCAACUGGAAUCCCUACGUCUAGAUACAUGUUAUGUUAGUUGUUUGUGUGAUAUUUUAGAAUUUAAGUAAGUUUAAAGUACAAUAAAU